AUGAGCAAUGAAAAAGCAACAGAGGUGAUGCCACACGCAUCUGAUCCUCUCAUCUUACACCAUUUAGACUCACCAAGUCUUGUUUUAGUCUCACAGCUUCUUGACGGACACAACUAUGGACAGUGGAGCUGCUCUAUGUGCAUCGCUCUCAGCGCCAAGAACAAACUUGGGUUUAUUGAUGGAUCAAUCAAAAGCCCUGCAAUCAUUGAUGCCAAGUAUUCAAUUUGGCAUAGAUGCAAUGGCAUGGUCUUGUCAUGGAUUUGGCAGUCCGUGCAAGGCAACAUCGCUUGCAGUAUACUCUACUGCAAAUCCGCAUCAGCAGCAUGGAAGGAUCUUGAGGAUCGAUUCUCGCAAGGAAACGAUUCAAAGAUCUAUCAAAUUCGACAAGAAAUUGUCGAACAUCGACAAGGACAACUAUCUGUUUCAUAUUAUUACACAAAGUUGAAGGCUCUUUGGGAUGAAUUGGCAUCAUACCAUGAGCUGAUUGCUUGUGAAUGUGAGGGAUCCAAGAUACAUGCAGAAAUGGAGGAAAAAGAAAAGGUCAUGCAAUUUUUAAUGGGGUUGAAUGAGAGUUACUCAACCAUACGAGGCUCCAUCUUGAUGAUAAGUCCACUCCUAGAUACACAAAGAGUCCAUGGGUUGGUUCUACAACACGAAUGCCAAAUAGAUGUGGCAAAUCGUCGUGAACAUGCUGCCCAUGCAAUGCAAACAAGUCGUUCGACAACGCCAAAAGGAGGCUCUGGUGUUAACAGCUCCAAUUCAAGCAAGACAUUCAAAUGCAGCUACUGUGACGGAGGACAUCUAGUAGAACGUUGCUUUUUCCUUAUUGGAUUUUCAGAAGGUCACAAAUGGCAUGGGAAGAAUGUGCAGCCCAAGAAUAAACGUACAAAUCCAACAUCAAACAAUGUUGAAGGGCUUCAGUUACUAGCCACCAACGUUGACACAACCAAGGCAUCAACCUCCAACAACCCAAUGUUCAUAACCGAGGAGUACAAUCAACUCAUGGCUCUACUUCGCAAUAAGAACGGUAAAGAUCAACCACUCACACAUGCAACAGGACAUGGAUACGAAGAGGACGAUUGGCCUGGGCAAGCAUUUUAA